CAUAACCAAAUUUUCUGUUGGUGUUUACAUAAUUAUUUAUGGUUAUGUUUUUAAAUAUUAUGUAAAAUUAAAUAUUAAUAUGUAAAAAAAAAGUAUUUUUUAUAAACAAAUUUGCAGAAUCUUAAUGUAAAAAAUGUUAAAAUCGAAAUGUUUGAAUUUAUCUAGUCGACUGUUUCUUUCACAAAUUAGAACUAAAAGUGUAUCAACGCAAUUUAUAGAUAAAAAAAGAUAUUUUCUAGUCAGUAUUAAUAAUUAUUCUCUUGAUAGUAAUAAUUUAAAAAAUAAUUCAAAGGCUGGAAAUUUCAUAUUAGGGGGACCGAUUUUGUUGACGGUUAGAAAUAGAGCAUCAAAAUUCGGUGUUCGUUAUUCAUCAUCAUCGACUACUUAUGCAGUUGACAAUAUUUCGCCAAUUUUAAAUUACCUUCCAACAGAAUCGUUAAGAGAAUUUGCAUUAUGGAUUCAUUCGACGGCAUCUUUGCCUUGGUGGGCUUCUAUAGUUUUAUAUACCCUAAUUAUACGAAUUACCAUACAUUCUCCAAUUUCGAUUUAUCAACAACAUCUCUCAUAUCGGAUUGCAAACGUAUAUACGGAAUUGGAGGGACAUACUUGGAGAUUAAAGACAGAAAUGAAGAAAAAGGCCCUACAAAACGGCUGGUCAAAACGAAAAGAAUUCAUCGAAUUGUCAAAAAGCGUUAGUGAGAUAAAACAAAAAAUGUACCAACGUGAUAAUUGUCAUCCAAUGAAAUUAUGCAUAACUACAACAAUGAUAAUGUUAGUUUUUAUGAGUCAAGCUUGGGCAAUACGUGAGUUAUGUAUUUUGCCACCUAUUCCUGGUGUGUCUGAAGUUACAAGUUUGGAAUUAGCAGUAGGUGGCAUUGGAUGGUUUAAAAAUCUUAUGGAAAACGACAAAUAUUUUAUCCUUCCAGUUAUUACUGCCUUUUUAACAUACAGUAACAUUAAGGUACAAUAUAUGCUUUAUCCAAAUUUAACACAGUCAAAAUUGUGGAAAAUAAUUAGAAAAUCAAUGAUUAUUUUCUUCCCACCAUUUACUCUAUUGGUUACAUCGCAAUUGCCAACCGCCGUAAUUGUGUCUUGGAUAACGAACAAUCUUUUUACAGUCACUCAAACAAUAUUAUUUGCACAACCAAAAUUUCGCCGUUUAAUUAGACUCCCGAAAGUUGAGAAUGAAAUCGAUCAACCAUUAACGUUAUUGGCCAAUGGUUUAAAGCAAAAAUUGAGACUUGUACCAAAGACAAAAUCAUCGUAAUUUCUCUGGUAAAAAACUAUAUAAAGAAAAAAGAAAAAAAAAUCAACAUUUCUGAUGGCGAAAUCAUACCAGAUGUUCGAUUCGAUGUUUGUAAUCCCGAUGGACAGGCUUUUGAAUUGUGCUUCGAAUUUGUGGCUAAAUCUGCAAUUGAUUUUUUUUUCUAUCAAGAAAUUAGUGUAAAUAAAAUUUUCUAAAAUUA